AUGUAUUAAUAAAUUUUACCAGCUGCAGUCGGAACUUUUCUCACAUCAGUCUUUGGUAUUAAAUUUGUUAAAGAAAUCAGGACACUUUUGGUAUUCUGAUAGUUGUUUUGGAUUGUAAUGGAAAGCCGGAGCUCAAAUCAAAUAACCAUAUUAAAAUGAUAAUUCAAAUGGCUAGAUUAUUGAAAUUUUGGCGCGUUUUGUUAAAAGUUAUUGUUUUAUCCUUUUUUACCUCUAUCUUAACUUAAAAGUAAAUAAAUCUAUGAGUUAUUUAAAUUUUAGGAUUACAGUUCGACAUUUCAAUUAAUACUCAUUAUUGUUGGAGGCAUAAUUUUACCAAAUGGUUUAUCAGCACUUGCUUGGGAGAUGAAACGCAAAGAAUACAUACUUAUUUAGACUAGUGAACAUGUAGCAAGUUUAUUGAUUCUGGCAAUAUGUGCAGAAAUUUCAUAAAAAUCAACUUGAUU